AUGUCCGCACUAGCUUCACCCAUUGCCAAACCACGUUGUCAACACAAGUGUGGAGAUGUAGAUAUUCCAUACCCUUUCGGAAUUGGACCAUCCGAAUGUUUUCUUGACGAACGAUUCGAAAUCUCCUGCCACAACUCUUCCACGCCUGUUCUCAAACACACUCAGCUACACGUACUUUAUAUUUCAUUAAUUCCUGAUCCUGAUUCUGGUCAUUAUUAUUCUGGCUAUGAUUACGAUUCGCAAUGGAUUGUGGUGAGAAACCCCAUUAGUUUCUUCGAUUGCGGAAACAAGACAAUAAGGCAAAAAUCAGCAAAUUUAGCAGGAACCCAGUUUUACUAUUCGCGUGGCAAUGUAUUCAUUGCAGUAAGUUGUGGUGCCCUGGCCAAGUUCGUAACAAAGUCAGGCAACAUGCUCUUCCAGAAUGGAUGCUCAUCCAAUAGUACAACAACUACAUCAACUAGUCAUAAUAUUAUUGAUUUUAGUAAUUGCGAUGGCGUUGAAUGUUGUACUACUUCCGUCGUCUUCCCUUCGGAUGUUGUGGGCAACAGCUUCGAAAUCUCCAUGGAUAAUGGUUCUUCUGGUACUCCUGCAAAUCAUAGCCAAUGCAAAUAUGCAUUCUUGAUAGAUUAUGAUGAAAUGUAUAAAUAUAAAACAUUUCGUGAUCUGGAUUAUGUUCCCGUCCGACUAAGUUGGUCCCUUAACAGUACGUAUUUCGAUGUAUUUAAAACACCUUUUAUACCAAACAAAACUAGCAACUUCGAUUGUCGAACUUCGACGGAGGACUAUGGUAAUUUAUUAAAAUCCUCUUUGGAUCGAAUAAGUGAUUGUUGGUGCAGUACUGGACUUCGAGGGAAUCCCUAUCUGGUGGGUGGGUGUAGUCAAGGUAAACCUCUACCACAAAUAUUAAUUCAAAAAUGA